UUGGGCUUCUAGCCUCAGCGCCCUGAGUCGGGGGCAAGCCGCUCUGGGUGCAGUUUGUCGUCUUCUAAACUCGCCUUCGGGCGCCAGAACGCCUCGGAGGAUCCUCAGUCUGCGCAGCUUCACGUAGCGUCUCCCCCCGGCCCCCGGCCGGCCCUAGAUAGUUUGGCUCAGCCCUUCCCUGUUUGGGACAGUUCGGGCGGAGAAGUCGCGGGCGGAGCGCGCCGGCGUCGGGGCGGAGGCGAGCGGGGCUGUGAGCGGCCGAGCCGGGGGCCGGGGGCCGGGGGCCGGGGGCGGCUGGAGGCAGCGGGCUAGCGGAGCCGAGGGCCGAGGGCCGUGAGCCGGGGAACGGAGGCCGGAGGCAGAGGGCCAGGAGCUGAGGGUCGGGCCGGGCCCGCCGUCCCCGGAGUUGCGAGGGGCCCCCAGGGGCCCAGGGGCCUCAGCAUGUCCUGCGGCGGCGACGGCCCCAGCAGCCAGUUCCCCCUGCACGCCCUGGUCUGGAACAAUGACUACCGGCAGCUGGAGAAGGCGCUGGACGGGCAGAAUGUGGAAGCCCUGGACCCCCGAGGCCGGACCUUGCUGCAUCUUGCCGUUUCCUUGGGACAUUUGGAGUCCGCUAGAGUCUUACUCCGCCACAAAGCAGAUGUCACCAAAGAGAACCGUCAGGGAUGGACAGUCUUACAUGAAGCAGUGAGCACCGGAGACCCUGAAAUGGUGUACACCAUUCUUCAGCAUCGCGACUACCACAACACAUCCAUGGCGCUGGAAGGGGUCCCGGAGCUGCUCCAGAAGAUCCUGGAGGCACCUGAUUUUUAUGUACAGAUGAAAUGGGAAUUCACUAGUUGGGUGCCAUUGGUUUCUAGGAUAUGUCCCAAUGAUGUCUGUCGCAUUUGGAAAAGUGGGGCCAAACUCCGAGUUGAUAUCACAUUAUUGGGCUUUGAAAACAUGAGCUGGAUAAGAGGAAGGCGUAGUUUUAUUUUUAAGGGAGAGGAUAGCUGGGCCGAAUUGAUGGAAGUUAACCAUGAUGACAAAGUCGUCACGACCGAACACUUUGAUCUCUCUCAAGAAAUGGAACGCCUCACUUUGGAUUCCAUGAAGCCUAAAGGGAGGGAAGUAGAAAGGCGCCUCACAUCUCCGGUCAUUAAUACCAGCCUCGAGACUAAAAAUAUUGCUUUUGAAAGAACUAAAUCCGGAUUCUGGGGAUGGAGGACAGAUAAAGCAGAAGUUGUUAAUGGUUACGAAGCAAAGGUGUACUCGGUAAACAAUGUAAGUGUAAUCACCAAAAUACGAACAGAACAUUUGACUGAGGACGAGAAAAAGAGAUACAAAGCUGAUAGAAAUCCCUUGGAGUCUUUGCUGGGUACUGUGGAACACCAGUUUGGUGCUCAGGGGGACCUCACUACUGAGUGCGCAACAGCAAAUAACCCCACGGCCAUCACGCCCGAGGAAUAUUUCAAUGAAGACUUUGAUUUGAAAGACCGAGACAUAGGACGGCCAAAGGAACUCACCAUCAGAACCCAAAAAUUUAAAGCCAUGCUCUGGAUGUGUGAGGAGUUCCCCUUGUCUCUGGUGGAGCAGGUCAUUCCCAUCAUUGACCUCAUGGCCAGAACCAGCGCCCAUUUUGCUAGACUGAGAGAUUUCAUCACUCUGGAGUUCCCGCCCGGAUUUCCUGUCAAAAUCGAAAUUCCACUGUUCCAUGUCUUGAAUGCUCGGAUUACGUUUGGAAACGUCAAUGGUUGCAGUACAGCUGAAGAGCCCAGCUCCCAGAGCCUGGAAGGGGGGCACACUGAUCCAGCUUCCCUCGACUCCAACUUUGAGGUUGAUCAGUCUGUGUUUGAGAUCCCUGAAUCUUAUCACAUCCAAGACAACGGCAGAAACAUGCACUUGCAGGAUGAAGAUUAUGAAAUCAUGCAGUUUGCCAUUCAGCAGAGCCUGUUAGAGUCCAGCCGGAGUCAGGACAUUCCAGGCCUGCCUGCCAAUGGGGGACUUCCCAGUCCACAUGGCUAUGACUCCCAGUACGAAAGGGCUAUUCAGGAGAGUCUGCUCUCUAGCUCAAAUGGUUUCCGCACCAGUGCUGUGGAGGAGGCAAGGAAUUUUGACAGUGACCUGCAGCUUGCCAUGGAGUUGUCUGCCAAAGAGCUGGAGGAGCAGGAGCUGCGGCUGCAGGAAGAGGAGGCUGAGCUGCAAGAAGUCUUACGGCUGUCUCUCACCGAAAAAUAGACCCCUCUGGCCGUGGGGGCCUGCGGAUCCCCGGGCAGCUGCCUCCCGGUGCGGCUGCUGGCGGGUCACUGUCCGAGAGGGUGGCGGGGUGGAGCCGCUGGGCAUCCGGCCUGCAGCAUCUGGGCUGCGCUGCUCGGGGUGCCUCCGCUCCAACUGGACCCAACCCAGAACACCACUCAGGCGUGUGGGCUCCUGCUCUUGAGGGAUGAUGACGAGAUACUUCUGCAGUCAAGGUGCUCUUGUGUGUGUGUCUGUGUGUGUCUGUGUGCAUGUGUCUGUGCACAUCUAUUCUGUGCACACGCGCACGACAUCUGUGGGAGAGCAGAAUGGGGUUUGUGAGGAGUGGAAAGAAACUUCCUCCUGGCUUACCAAAGAAAAGGGUCUGUGCAGAUCUCCUCCUCAUUUUACGGGCAUUCCGAACCACCUGCAAGGCGGCUUUCUGGGUCCCACGAGCACGUGCUCUGCCUGCUAACAUCCAAGAGGAGAAACGCACAGCGUCUGAGACUGUGAUGAACUCUCUGCCUCGGGCUUGGAUCCGUGGGUGACCACGACAGUGGCCUUCCCCCUUCCGUGGUCUGCUGGGCUUCUGUGGAGUGGGGCUGAGCUUGAGAAGGCAAUUCCCAUCAGAGCAGUGUCCUCCAGCGCCGAGGGGCCCCAUUGGUCAGCAUGUCCCCUAACCCUCUGCCCCACGGGGCCCCCCUAGGAACUGUUAGCUUCGGGAGUUUACCUUAGGGCAGCCUGAAACCAAAAUAAGAAAGCUUCCAUGGAACGUGCUGUCUCUAGGGAAGGAAACGUACACCAAAGUACCCUGAGAAGUCCCAGCUGGGCCAUGUUCUUGAGGGAAAAGAAUGGAAUUCUAAAGAGAAGGUCAGCGUUUUGCUGACAAAUGGCUCUCAAGCAGCCCAAAGGGAAAGUUCUAAUUGCUUUUUACAGUUCAAAUCAACAUCUUUCUGGAUAUAUAUUUUUUUAACAGACUCUUUUUAUUACUUUUGAAAAAUAAAAAAAAAUCUACUCCCACCAGUAGCAAUACAAGUAUAUAUUUUAACCAGGUUUUCUCAGGCCUUUUUUAAUAUCUUUAGCUAUUCAACUAUUUUGUCUAGCCCUUCUGUAAAUACCCACCUCCCCACAAUAGAGCAGUGUUCCCUUCACACUGGAGACCACACAUUUGUUCCUGUAGGGAUUCCUUUCAGCAUUGAAAUAACUGGGUGGGCCAUCUUGAGCCACGCUGGCCUUUUUGGAGACCGAGUGGCCCAGGGGACUCAAGGGAAAUCGUUGUUUGGGACAACUUCAGUUUCGUCCCAUUAGGGUUGCCGGCAAGAUGCUUCUAGUCCCAUGGGACAAUGUUUUUUAAUGCCUUAUAAUAAUCACUUCCCGUUUGUGUAACUGAUUAAAAUUCCUUCUAUGCACAAAGCAGCCAAUCGCAUCGACGUUGCAUUUAUCUCAGACUAUGCAGCUUAGCAUUUUGUAAACCUGACUCUUUACUUUCAUGGAGUAGCUCAUCUGGAAUUGUUGGUGAUUGGAUCAGAACACUGAAGGGAAUCAUCGUCAGAUUUGCCCACUUGGGUAGAGUUACCCCUACUGCCUGGGGUGGGAGGGAGGAAGGGCCUCCUGACCCUCCCUGGCACCUUGGGUCAGAGGGCCUACCCAGCCCCACGUUGGGUGCCCAAGAUUUAUCCAUGUGUAUGUUCUCCCCCCUCUUCAAUGCAAAUAAAAUCCUGCUUCCUUGGAGGGUGCUCUCUCAGUAUUUCCGUUAUAGUCUCAAGGCUGAUUUUUAUCUUCUUAUUUUUGGGUCUCAGAAUUGUGUACCCUGUUAUGGAGAACAAAUGCAAAGAGGGUUGAGAUGAGUUAAUGUAAUUUCCUUGUCCUUGAAGAUGCUUUGAUUUCGUGUGAGUGGUCCUCCCUCUCUCCCUUUUCUCUCCUCUUCCCUCCUCCCACCCAUGCCAUGGUUGAAGGUCUUGAAGAAUUGUUGCGGACAAAGAGUUGGCCCCCUUGAUGGUGCAUUCAGAGUCAGGCUGGUGCUGGCAGCCCCUGAGCCGUUUGUACGGCAAGCCUUUCUGGCCCAGUGUUGGGGCUGCCAGAGUGAGUUGGCAUUCCGGUGAUGGCCAUGUCUGUAUCGCAGUGAGACUGGAGGAGGACUUCACGGAGCAGUGUCCCAACACCGACUAAAUUCCUGCUCCCACCCAGGGUGGCUUCUCUACGCUUCUGAAGGCCUCUGCUCUGAAAUGGGGUAAAUGGGCUGCACACUCUAGAAAGGGAGGAUAUCUAGGGGUGUGGGCUGGCUUGGCAUUGAAGCAGAGUGGAGGGCAGCAUCCCUGCUAGUUUUACAUCCUUCUAGGCUGGGGAAUAAGGAAAGGAGAGCCAAGUUCCAACCAUUUCAUUAAUGGGAUUCAAUAUUUUGGUUCUUUACGCCAUACUUUAGAGGAUCUGUAUUCUCAGAAUGAGUUUUCUUUCUGCCAUUGCAAAACAUAACCCUCAUUUCUCAUCUGGUCCUCAUCCACUCUCUUCAUAGAGCAAGAGUUCUGCCAACUUGUUAUUUAAAACCAUUUUUAUGAUGACAUUUCAGUAUAAUUGGUUUCCUUUGUAAUCGUCUAUAUUUUAUUUUAUGUAUUUAAAUAUAUUAUUCUGAGAAGAGGGGUCUACAGAUUUCCUCAGAUCGCCAUUGGGGUCCAUAAUACAAAAAUAGGUUAAGAAUCCUUGCCGCAGAAGAGCUGACCAACACUGGAGGCCUUCCUUGGGCUCUUUUCCUAUUUUGUGGAAAUACCACUGCAGCAGUUGAGCCAGCCAUGUCUUGUUUUUCACUUUAAAAUUUCAGUUUUCUUUUUCAUUAUGAACCUGAGCAUUAUCAAACGCAAACAUUUAAAUCUACAAAGAAAAAAAGGGAGUUGGAUGUGAAAGUAGAAAUCUCAUUUGAAAAUUUUGAUAUUAAAUUUAACAUGGUAACAAAA